UGCCACCCCCUUUCGGUCUCGGCACGUCCUCUCGUCCACCUGCCGCCAUGGGGAAGACGAGCAAGAAGGCCUCAGCGGCCAAGGCGGUUAGGAAGGCACCCAAGCGGCGGGUCCAGGGCAAAACAGGUCGCUCCCAGCAUGCCUUCGCGUGCUUUUCCAAGGAAGCGCGCAAGGACGUCCUCGCGAAGGUCCACUUGAGCGACCCGAAGAACUUGGGCGCAGCUUCCAAGGCUCUGGCAGCCGCGUGGGCGGAACUGUCGACACAGGAGCGGAAGCCCUACGAGGCCAGCGCGAUGCUGGCGCGGGGCCAGAAGCAGCUGGAGCAGCUGAGGGGCAGCAAGCUCAAGGAUCCUGUGCAGCUGCAACAGGCCUCGAAGGCCUUGCGCGCCGCUGUGGAGGCCUUGGCUGAGAGUCGGGACGUGACCAAGGCCAUCGGCCUCGUGGAGGCCCUGGAAUCCUUGGACAGUCGCCUCUCGAAUCCUCAGCGUUCGACCCUGGCCUUGCCCAAUUGGCGCGCCGCGGUGCAGGGCGCCGGCGCCGCGAUGGGCGCGGAGGUCGGCGGCCGGCUGAGCGCGCUGCUGCGGAAGUGGGCUGAGGCGCCACAGGUGGGGAGGACCAGGACGACCAAGAAGACGGAGGUUCCCCCGAAGUCGGCCGCGCGGUCGGCGGGAUCUGCGCUGGACGAAAGCAUGAGAAGCAAGUUCGUGGGGAUCCUCAUGCGCAUCGCUGCGCGCACGGGCAAGGCCUGCUUCGAUGCUUGUAGCAGGGUGGAGCGAGCGCUCUUCGAGAAAUGUGGCAAGGAUCCCAAAGAGUACCGACAACGUGCGAGGAGCCUGAGCCACAACUUGGGCUCCAGCGACGGGAAGCUGCUCCGCCAGGUCCUGGAGGGCGUGCUGCCCCCGUGGAGGCUGGUGGCCCUGGAGGCCGAGGACUUGGCGCCCGAAGCGCUGAAGGCGGCUCGGGAAGAGGAGAGGGAGCGCUACUUCCGCUCCGAGGUCCAUUUGACGGGAAAGCCGUUGAAGCGAAAGCGUGACCUCUAUCGGCAGGAGGACCCUGAGAGCCAGCCCAGUCCACGCCGCACCGCGGCUGCGGCGGUGCCUGCGGGGAUCGCCCUCGACGGGGAUGCGGAGAUGGCGCAGGCGGUCGUGGUGGCUGACGUGGAGAGCUCCUGCGAGACAAGCUCCUCGUCGGACGAGACCAGCUCCGAUGAGAGCGAGGUGAGCCUUUGGGAGACGGACUUCGGCCUCCUGCCGUUGCAAGACGAGCCAGGACAGGAUGACCUGUGUGGGCAAGCUGCACAGGCCUCGACCUCGGCCUCUUCGUCCUCCAGCCUGGUGGAGGUGGCCGCUGCCCCCGCGAGCUCGGCGGCGCCGGCUCCGCCGUCGGCUCCGCCGUCGGCCGCUCCGGCGCGACGCAUCACGAAGAAGGCCUCCCCAAAGGCCGCCGCCACCGGCCCAGCGGCGUCUUCGGCAGCUGGGCUUCGAGCUGUGCGAACGGGCGCGAGAGCCACGUGGGAAGGCCAAACUGGACACCUCUCCCGUGCCCCGCCGCGCGGUGCCGAGCCCCCAGCGGCGACAGGCGAUGUCCACCCUGCGGGUGAUGGGCUUCGAGGAGGAACCGGCUCGCGCCAGCCUGGAGCGUGCAGGUGGGAGUUUGGAAAAGGCCAUCGUGAUGCUGACCAAGGCCUCCAAAGCCUAAGGGAUGCUGCGCCUGCUGCGCACUGACUGGCCAACUGGGAUCCUCCCAACGGGUGGAACGGGGUGGCCCAAGACUUCAGGGGGUGGAUUGACGUCCGUG